UGAGGGACACAAAUAUAUUGUGAAAUUGAGACCAUUUGUCUGUAAGAUGAUGUGGUUGAAUUGUGGAGGAAAAACAGACAAUAAAAAAAGUUCAUUAACAUGAUGACGUGUUCAAUAUUGUGUGAAAAGUGACUAAAGAAAAAUGUAUUUGAGAUGGGAAGAAGGAAGGAUGUCUUUAGAGGAGGAGGCUACACAGAGAGUGAUUACCAUUUAUUUCCAGGCACUAUUCUAGAAACUUUGUAUGUAUCAUUCUACUUCAGCCAUCUGAAGAGGCCAUAAAGUAUUUUUAUUCCUAACUUUCAGAUAAUGAGAUAGACCUAGAGAGAUUAAGUAAACUUAAUCAAAGUCAAAUCUUAAGGAAAUGGAAGACUUGAUAUUUGACUGAUAUUCUGUUGGACUCCAACUGUCUCCCUACCACUGUCUUUGAAAGGCAGGUUGAUAUGUCUCUGGAUGGCAUUAAGAUAUCUUAUGAAUGUAUAUCACAGCACCAACCUGUAAACUCUCUAGAGAUAAGCCCAUUUCAUCAGCACCUAGUGAUAUGGGCUACACAUGCAAUGCCCAUCAUAUAGACCUGGACAACUCAGUUCUGAGCUCCAGAGCACUAAAUAGACAAGUGGUAACUUCAUGCAUCCUGUGGUUCCUGUAGUUCCUUUUCUUUAGGUGUAUGGAGAAAAUUGCAAUGGAACAAGGGAACCUCACGUGGGUAUCAGAAUUUGUCUUCCUGGGACUCUCACAGACUCGAGAGCUCCAGCUUUUCCUGUUUCUGGUGUUCCUGUUUGUCUAUACCACCACUGUCAUGGGAAACCUCCUCAUCAUGGUCACGGUGACCUCAGACACACGGCUCCACACACCCAUGUACUUUCUGCUCCGAAAUCUGGCUGUCUUAGACCUCUGUUUCUCCUCUGUCACUGCCCCAAAGAUGCUGGUGGACUUCCUCUCUGAGAAGAAGACCAUCUCCUACCAGGGCUGCAUGGCCCAGAUCUUCUUCUUCCACUUUCUGGGAGGCGCCAUGGUCUUCUUCCUCUCAGUCAUGGCCUAUGACCGCCUUGUUGCCAUCUCCCGACCCCUCCACUAUGUGACCAUCAUGAACACACACCUCUGUGUGGGACUUGUGGUGGCUAGCUGGAUAGGAGGAUUCGUCCAUUCCAUUGCCCAACUGGCUCUGAUGCUCCCGUUGCCUUUCUGUGGCCCCAACAUCCUGGAUAACUUCUACUGUGAUGUCCCACAAGUGCUGAGACUUGCCUGCACUGACACCACCCUCCUGGAGUUCCUCAUGAUCUCCAACAGUGGGCUGCUGGAUGUCAUCUGGUUCUUUCUCCUCCUAACCUCCUACUCAGUCAUCCUGGUGAUGCUGAGGUCUCACUCUGGGCAAGCGAGGAGGAAGGCAGCUUCCACUUGCACCACCCACAUCGUCGUGGUGUCUAUGGUUUUCAUUCCAAGCAUUUACCUCUAUGCCCGGCACUUCACCCCCUUCUCCAUGGACAAGGCUGUGUCCAUCAGCCACACGGUCAUGACCCCCAUGCUCAACCCCAUGAUCUACACCCUGAGGAACCAGGAGGUGCAGGCAGCAGUGAAGAGACUAGGGAGGCGCCGGCUGGUUUGUAAAAGGGAGUGACAAUGAGUGGGUCACUUCUCUCUGGCUUUGUUUCCCAUUUGUAAAAUGGAGGGAAAGCUACUGUGUCUGCUGGCUAUCUUCAUAGCUUGUGCAUAUGUUGUGGAGGUCAUCAUAGAAGUGAGUGAGUUUUGAAACUAAGCAACUGACUCAGAUUUUUGGGAAAAAGAGAAAAGUCCCCUUUGGUGGCUAAGGUUUGUGCCAGGUUUCUAAAACCCCUGCUCACUGAGAAGUGUUCUCAUGACUCUGGAAAGCUACACCCUUCUUUCCCCCUUCUUGGGGGGUCGUUUCCUCUUGUGAUGAGGGCAUUUCCCCCAGCGAAGGCACUUCUAGUUUAUGUGUUUUGACUUCUCUUCCCAGCACCCCUUUUGACCUGUGUCCAGAGUGUUAGAGAAAGCACACACCUUGAAGACAUAGCCUUAGCUUGGGAGCCUUGACCCAUAUGUUACCAGACUGCUGACCUUGGAUAAGCUACCUGGCCUCUCUUGAACUCAUGGAUUCCUCCUCACCAAACUGGCAUAAAGCAAUAUCUGUCCCAAUAAUCUCACAGAUUUGUUAUAAGAUCCAAAACGUGUAUAAGAAUAUUUUAUCAACCUUACAUAGAACCUAUGUGAGGGUUAUUGUCAUUGUUAUGAUUAUUCCUGACAUAUAUUUUUUCAUGGGUUGAGCGGUGUUUUGGAAGUGUUUGGUGGCGAUUCCUCAGUGCGGUGAGGGAGGCUUGGAGAGGGUGGGAGCUGAACUUCAGAGGGCCAUGCAGCAUGCCCAUGAAUGAAACAGAGAACAGAGAGUGAGCACAAAUUCAGGGGCAAGGAAAUAUUCUUAUUUUUAUUUGUGAUGGAUGAUUUGAACUCUUCUAUGACAGUAAGAUAUAUUCUCAUAGGAACAUUCUGGAAAGCCACACUCUCACACAUUUCUGCCUUCUUGGUGGACAGUUUCCUGUUAUUAUGACACCAUUUCUCCAUAAGAGCAUUGUAUUUUCUUUAUUUUGACCCCUUUUUCCUAUACUCUGUUUUGGUGUGAGUCUGGAUUGGUGGAAAUAGCACAAGACUUAGAGGUUAAGCUUUAAAUGAAAAUCUCUAACUCAUAACUUACCAAACUGAUGAUGACUUGGGAUGAACCACUUGACCUCUCUUGGCCUCAUGACUUCUUCUUCAAUAAAUUUGCUUAAAUUAAUAUCUGACCUCCAAACCUCCCAAAUUUAUUAUAAGAAUCAAAUAAAAAAUCAUGUGAGAAAACAUUGGGCAAACCAUGUAAAUAUUUUUUCUUCCAGUCUUUUUUUGAUGAUUUUUUUUAUUUUCAAAUUUGAAAAUAUCAUGAAUGUUCAGAUUAUUUCUGCAUUACAUUUUCAGUGUAGAACACUGUUACAAACAAAGGAUUAUGUGUAAAAUACAUGUAAGUUCUAGAACAUUAUAGCAUUAUGAGAGCUCCUAGAAAGACUACUUGAUUUAAGAAAUAGAAGUUACCGUAACUUAUACCUACCCACAGGGUCCUCUGCCUCACAUUCACUCUCUCCCCCCCAAUGAAACUCUUUUCUUGAAUUUUGCAUUUGCCAUCCUAUUGCUUACAAAAACACUUUUAUCACGUUUUUACAUAAUCAGUAAAUAUACUGAUUCUGUUUUGUUUUAUUUUGAGCUUUCUGAAAAUAUCCUACUGGACAAAAUAUUCUUGGAUUUACUUCUUUUUCCACUCAACAUUAUAUUUUUAAGCUUAUUUGGGUUGUUUCCAGGUUUGUUUGUUUGUUUUGCUAUUGAAAACAGUGCUAUUUUGAAUAUUGCCUUAUUUGUCUCCAGUUGCCAUGUUGAGGAGCUAUGGGCUAUACCUUGAAAUAGAAUCGCUGGGACGCCUGGGUGGCUCAGUCGGUUGAGCGUCCUGACUUUAGAUUUUGGCUCAGGUCAUGAUCCCAGGGUUCUGGGAUCAGGCCCUGUGUUGGGCCCUGAGUUGAGUGUGGAGACUGCUUAGGAUUCUUUCUCUUCCUCUGCCCCUCUCCUCCACUCUUGCUCUUUCUAUAAAAGGAGAGUGAGAGAGAGUGAGAGAGAGAGAGAGAGAGAGAGAGAGAGAUGGAAAUGCUAGGUUUUAAGAUCUUCAAAGAUAAAACUUUACAAAACGGUGCCAAAUUGUUUUCCAAAACUGUUGUACCAAAUUACACGUCCAUAAGUGGUGUCUAAGUGUUCCCACCAAUUCACAUCCUACUAGCAGUUGAUAUUCUGAGACAUCUUAAUUUUUGCCAGUUUCAUGGGUAAAAAAUAUUUUCUCUGUAGUCUGUAAUCAUUUGCAUUUCUCUCCUCCCUAAUGGUUCUUUCCAUGUUUUUAUUGCUUUCACUUUUCCUGUGAAUGCCUUUCGUUAAUUUUCCUCUUAACUUUUUCUAGUGAAUGUGGGAAUUCUCACAUAAUUUGAUUACUAAUCAAUUGUUGGUUAUGUUAUAUACAAUACCUUCUCCCAGUUUGUGAUUUGGCUCUGUCUGUGGUGUUAAUUUUAAUAUAGUUGGAUAUAUUAGUCUUUCAUUUCAAUAUGAACUCAUUGAUCUCUAAUUUAAAAAAAAAAAUUGCUUCUUACCCAGAGGACAGAAAGAUAUUCUACAUAUUUCUUUUAUCUUAACUUAAACAAAUUUUAACUUCUUGAAAAAUCUGAGAUUUAUAGAAAAGUUGCAAGUGUAGUAGAAGGACUGUUUUUUCCUGAAGGCUUGAGGAUCAGUAGCCAAUCUGAUGCUCACCAUUCCUUAAUACUUGAACAUGCAUUUUCUGCAAAGAUGUUUUCCUAUGAUACUGCCACACAGUAAUCAACACUGUUGCAGUAACAAUAUGUUGCUAGAAUCCAGUUUUCAGCCUCCAUUCAAGUUUUGCCAAAUAUCACAGUAAAGUCAUCUAGAAAGAGAAGCUGGAUCCAAAUCACAUGUUGCAUUUUGUUGUUGUGUCUUUUUAGACAUCUCGAAUCUGGAAGAGCUUCUUGAAUUUGGUUAUCUUGGCACUUUCAAAGAUUACAGGCCAGUGAUUCUGUAGAAUGUCCUUUAAUUUGGAUUUGGCUGAUAUUUCGGGUGAUUAGCUUCAGGUGAUGCAUUUUGGUCACUCUUUCAAGGACAUCCCAGAAGCCAUGCUGUGUGUUCUUAUUGCAUGUUAUGAGGUGCGACUGAUGUUGCUUUGUCUCAUUACUAAUGCCCUAUCACUUCGAUUACUUGACUGAGGAGGUGUUAGGAUUCUCAUCUUUGUUAUCAUUUUCUCUUGAAAAAUAGUAAAUAUUUUGUGAGGAGGUACUUUGAGACUAUGUCAAUAUCUGGUUCUUUAUCAAACUUACAGUUUAUUCUUUUGUUUAUUUCUAUCUGUGUGGACUUGUAUUUUCCUUUUUUUUAAUCAAUUGAGUUAUAAUCUAUUACUAAUUUGUCCCAGAGUUGGCCAGUUGGAGUCUCUUCAAGGUGCUUUUUCAAGCACAUCCUUACUUUCUGGCACAGUGUCAUGCACACACUUAUCUUAUAUUUUCCUGUUCUGGCUCUGGAAUCAAGUAUUUCUCUAAACAGUCCUGCCAAAAGCAAUUUUGGUGAAGAAUGGUGUUUACGGGUCACUAUCUGGGUGCUGGGAGUGCUCACUGAUUUAGCCGGGGUCAUGAAGAUUUACUCUAGUUUUCUAGGAGUUUUAUAACUUUAGCUCUUAUAUUUAGGUCUUUUUUGAAUUAUUUUUUUAAGUUUAUUCAUUUAUUUUUGAGAGAGAGGGAGCACGAGCAUGAGCCCGAAAGGGGCAGAGAGAGAGGGAGAGAGAGAAUCCCAAGCAGUCUCCACACUGUCAGCAUGGAGCUGAUGCAGGGCUUGAACUCAUGAACUGUGAGAUUAUGACCUGAGCUGAAUCAAGAGUCAGACGCUUAACCUACUGAGCCACCCAGGUGCCCCUCGAGUUAAUUUUUGUAUAUGGUUUAAGGUAGCAAUCCAACUUUACUCUUUUUUGUGUGGAUAUCCACUUGUCCUCGUGCCAUUCAUUGAAGAGACUAUUUUCCCCCAUUGAAGAGUUCUUUGAAAAUCAAUUGACUGUAAAAUAAAUAAAUAAAUAAAUAAAUAAAAAAUCAAUUGACUAUAAAUGUAUGAAUUUAUUCCUGGACUCUCGAUUCUAUUCUUUGGUAUAUACAUCUUUUCAAUGUUUCUUUGGAGGGAUGAGUCCUGGGAGUUCCCCACUCUGCCAUCACUCUAUCCUUAAUUUACUAACUUAUUUAAUUUAUCUCCCUCUAAACAACCCACUGCCCAUACCAGAUCCAUUUCCUUACUGCACUUGGGCUUUGGUAUCACACUGCAGGCCAGCUCCCCAACUCAGCCAGUUUCUUACACUACUCAUGCUCCAAAAAUCUUACCUCACAAUGUCCCCCAUGUGGACAUCCUCCUUGCCCUGCUUGGUCUCCAAGUCCUGGUGUCAGACUGAACCCCUGCAUGAACACGCACCUCAUCCCUUCGAAGCUUUGAUUCCUUGCACUGAGUGAUGUUCUCCUCACCUUGCUUUAACACCCACAAUGGGCAGGUCCCAGGAGGGGACACCCAGGCUCUGACAGCCCAUACUGGGUCACAUCCUAUGGACACCCCAUUCAAAAUAUGUUUUUAUUCUACAUUCAGAAGGGAUUUUCUCAACUCUAUUUUCAAAUUCUGCUAUUACAGUUUUCAUUCCUGUCAACAUAUUUUAAUUUCCAAGAACUCUUCUUUGUUCUGUGGCUUUUGUCCAUGCCAUCCUGUUCUUAUGUUAUGGCUACUCUACCUUCUUGCUUCUCUCAAAGGAUGCUAAUUAUAUAAACUGGAGAUUAAAAAAAAGUUUUCUUCUGCUUCCCAGGCCAUUUCUUUUUUCUUAUCAUUUAUUUUUCUAUUUAUUUUGUGUUUGCCCUUUCUGUUGGUGAUCUUCCUUAAACUCCUGGUGAUCUUCGAUUAUCUGCAUUUAAGAGUAAGGCAAUACAAUGCUAAUUGGUACCUCUAUGUAUAGUGUAGAUUUCACUUCAGGGGUUCAGGUAGAACCCCUGAAGAACCCCCAAGUGACAACACAUAAAGGUCUAUUUUUCCAGAGCUUUUUCUCCAAAGGAAAAAAAAAUCUUGAUUUUCUGUCUUUGGCUUAGAUGCGAGAAUUUUGCACUGGGGUGAUGAGCCUCAGUACCUCUUAGUAUAGAAAAAUUCCUACCUGAUAUCCCUCUCUCAAGUACAUUACUCACAUCUGAGUUUGUGACCUCUGCUAUUACGAAUUUUCUUAUGUAAGAGAGACUUUGCAUCAUUGUCAAGAUCCUUUUGCCUCUGGCCCAUUAUGUUCAUUCCUGUUCCUAGGUGCUUUACAUGAAUAUAGCAUUGCUCUUGGGUGCCUACCCAACAGUCAUCCCCAGCCACUUCUCCCUUGCUUGUCCCUCUCAUAGGUGUUCACUUUGCCAGAACACUUUAAAGCUAGGAGCGCUCACAUGUUCAUGUGAUCCAGGAAUGACAAAUACUACAAAAAGUGUGUUUGCCAGAGAGCUUUUGGGAAAGAUUUUUCCUCCAUGAUUAAAGGCCAGAGAUGUAGGAGGAAAAAUAAACUGUUCCA